CGGUCGCGGUAGCGAGCGGCGUAGACCUUAUUCGACCGCUCUCCUUCCAACCCGGACGUCGUGCGGGUGGUGCCGAUGCUUCGCCAGGAACCCUGGAAUCCCUCUUCGUUCACGAUCUCCGGUUGCCGAUUCUUUCGUCGCGCCCCACGAACUACAGAUCCAAAUCCGCAUUUCGGCCCUCGUCUCUUCAAUUUCCCAAUCUUCCGAAAGUCUAGGUCUCGUUCUCGAAUCUGUUAACAAUUGGAGUUUGGAGGUCAACAUUGCUCCGGAAAGUUUUAGCGUUUGGCGUUCGUCGGUACGGUUCUGGAAAUCAACUGUUUGGUUCAGGUGAAAAGGCGUGGUUUUUAUUGCGAAGAUUAUUCUUUUUGUAAUAAUAUAUACAUCUCUAGAAUGCCGCCGAUUCUAUCGUCUUCGAAGGCGGUUGCCAGGUUUUUAUCUGGCAAGAAACGAUGUUUGGAUCUCGGAGUUUGGUCUGGAUUGGUGGGAAGCCACCCUGAGGCAGGAAAUAGGACGGCGAAAUUCGCGCAGGCUCGGUGUUUGGCUAGUUUUGCUGGCUGCGGAAGUCCCUGCAUUGGUGAAGUGUUUCAUUCUGGUGAAGUGCUCGCUCCCUCUGUUGGUUAUUCCCAUCGCUACGACCAAAGAAGGUGGUUUCUUGGUUGCGAGGAUGGAGAAGAGGGAACCAUCCUUUCCAAGAUCUAUGAGGAGCGACGUGUGAUUGGGUACUCUCCAGAACAGUUAUUUGAUGUGGUUGCUGCCGUUGAUAUGUAUGAGGAGUUUUUACCAUGGUGCCAGAGGUCUAGGAUUAUUAAGCGGAAUAGUGAUGGCUCAUUUGACGCUGAGCUGGAGAUUGGUUUUAAGUUCCUUGUUGAAAGUUAUGUUUCUCAUGUAGAAAUGGAGAAACCAAAGUAUAUUAAGACCACUGCUUCAGAAAAUGGCAUUUUUGACCACUUGAUUAACAUUUGGGAGUUUUAUCCUGGUCCAGUUCCAGGAACUUGUGACCUUUACUUCUUGGUGGAUUUUAAGUUUCAGUCACCAUUAUAUCGCCAGGUGGCAUCAAUGUUUUUUAAGGAGGUGGUCUCUCAACUAGUUACUUCUUUCGACGAUCGCUGUCGUAGAAUCUAUGGUCCUGCCGUCCAAGUUCUUGAAACAUCUUAUGGACAAAGCACAUAAGCCUGGCUGGUCAUCUCGAGCACGUCAGAUGAUGAUGGUGGCUGCGAAUGUUUAGGCUAGUAAAUCAGUUUGGGAUGGCAUAAUUCGCCUCUCAAUUUGCAUGUUUCAACUACAUGCAAAUUCUUGGAUGUGCGUGAUUUCUACCAGCAUAUCCAAGUGUUUUCCAAAACCACAUUCUCUAUUUCUUUCAGGCCCUGAAAAUUCUUGUGCAAACAUUCAUCGUUUGGAGGAUAUCUUAUAUGGUAAUGAAGACAUUUCGACGA